AUGCGCAUCUUCUGGCCGAACACCAUCACCAAUGCGGCUUCAUGGUCGGCAACGCAUCAGGAGCCAAUAUCUUUCGAAAUCCGACGCCGCAAGUGGAUGUGGAUUGGUCAUACCUUAAGAAAGCCACAUGAUGAUAUCGCACGCUCAGCUCUAGAUUGGAAUCCUCAGGGUAGUCGCAGAAGAGCCUAUGAAAGAUCUCAUUUCGAAAUAAUCGGUAUUGGUGGACAAAAGCAAACGGCAAACAAAGAAUGCGAGCUUGUUUUGUUCGCCAAAAGGUAUGACUUACGAGUCCCCAUUAAAGCUAUAGUGUUGCCAAAAGUAACAAAAAGACUUCCAGCGCACACUUUUGAAAUACCUGACUCAACCGUUUUAAAAGAAUUAGAUCUAGCAGAUCCAACGAUUAACAAAUCUUCUCAGAUAGAUCUAAUAUUAGGAAAUAAUUAUGAAUACUCUAUAAAUAUUGAGGGUAUUAAGAAAAAUGUUUGUGGUCAAACAUCGGCCUAUAAUACUGUUUUUGGUUGGGUACUCAGUGGUCCCAUCAAAACCCAAACUAUCCAAACUUUUACCACUGAAGUCACACCAUGUGAAAAUGCAGAUCUAAAUAAUAUAUUAAAAAAGUUUUGGGAACAGGAAGAAAUUCCUACUUCUCAUCCAAAAACCGUUGAACAUGACAUUUGUGAAAAGCUUUAUACUCAAACUACUACUCGUUAUUUGAAUGGAUGGUACUUAGUUAGACUACCAUUCAAAUCAGAAUUUCCCGAAAAAGUUUCCCUAAGCUCAUCUAGAUAUAUUACGUUAGCUCAAUACUCCAGCCUGGAGAAAACAGCUGUUCUGAACGAUUAUAUAACCCUAGAUCACAUGGAAGAAACUUCUUCCAGUGAGAUUGUAUCCUAA